AUGUCUUCUAGUAGUCCUACCAACAAUAUAAACAUAAACUCAACUACUCCUCAGCCGAGUACUAUAUUACCAACUUCCAAUCCUAACCAAUUUACACAGAAUAAUAUAAAUGAUUCCAACAUAAAUUCAUUGAGUUCCCAUUCAAGUCAUUCUAAUAGAUCUACUCCUCAUAAUAUCCCUACCAAUACAUUUGAAAAUACAAAUAUAAAUCAUAGUGAUUCAACAAAUCAAUUUAAAGUUGCACCACAAUUAAAUUUACAACAACAGCAACAACAACAACAACAACAACAACAAAUUCAAAAUAAUUCCUCCAUACCAAAUCAAAAUAACUCAAGUAUUGAUCCGUCAUAUCAACAGAAAAUUACCCAACAACAAUUUAGAAGAUUAAAUCAAUUUAAUCAAUUAAGAAAACAAGCAAACAAUAAUCCUGGUGAUGGGAGCUCGAUCAAUAACGGGUUUAAUCCUAUGUAUAGCCCCACAAUAAAUAAUAAUAACACAACUAAUGAUACAACAAAUAAUAUACCGAAUAACAUACCGAAUAGUAUACCGAAUAACCCACUGAAUAAUAGGAUGAAUAACCCAAUGGCUAACACAACAAACAAUUCUAAUUUUCAAAUGAAUUUACCAAAUACAAAUCAACAAAAUAUUAAUCAAAUCAUUGCAAGUGCUCCAAUAAUGUCAUAUUCUGCCAGAAAAUAUCUAUCAAAUCUUGCUAUAUUAAGACUACAUGAAUUAAUUAAUAUUGUAAAUGCAUCUGCUGGCCAAACAGAUGUUUGGAAUUAUUGGCAAAGGACUAUUGAAAAAUAUUUUACACCUUUUGGUACUUUCCAAUAUAUUACGAAAUCAAAAUAUGAAAACAAACAAACAGAAAUUAUUGCUGCAUUAAUACCAGGUGUUUUUACAGCUUUAAGAUCUGCUUCCAUUGUAAGAACUGAAUUAUUAACUACACAAUUAAAUGCUCAUGUUUUAAGUAAUGGUACAAUUUUCUUCAAUUGCCCAAGAGUCUCUUUAACUUUCCAUUAUUUAGAUGGUAGUUUUGUUACUCAUUUGGCUCAAUUUAAAGGAACUUUUGAUCAAACUUUAAAGAUCGAAUGGAUUCAUUUUUGUUUCCAUAAUUUUGUUCCUGGUGUAGAAUGGAAUUCUUUAGAAAGAUUAAUCUCUAAAGAAAAAUUAUCUUAUGAAAUUUUCCAAAAAUUAGGUAAUCCAAAUGAUAAUUCAAAUUCUAGUCAUUCAAAUAAUUCAAGUGAUUUAAAUCAAUCGAAUAUGAAAUAUGAAAAUUCAAAUCAAUAUGAUUCUAGUAUUUUAAAUGAAGAAAAAUCAAAAAUGAAACCCCAUUUAAAGAGAGAUAAACAAUAUCAAUCGUAUGCAAGUAAGAAAAAAAAUGAUGGUUCUAUAAAUCAAGAUUAUGGUCAUUCAUCAGUGAAAGAUUCUGAUGUCAAUCAUUCAACUAUGGCUUCUAAUAUGAAUAUGUUUAAUAAUCCAAUAUCAAAUUAUACUACUACUACUAAUAAUAAUAAUAAUAAUAAUGAUUCAUCUAAAAUUAAGGACGAAAAUGAUAUUCAAUUUUCAAGAGUUCCGCCGAAUUUUAAUGCUAUUUCUCAAUUACGUUCUUAUUUUAGAGUAUUUAGAAGUAUUUCAGUUAAUGGAAUCCAAGAAGAUUAUUUUAGAAUCCUGCAAGUUAAUGAUGUAAUGUCAUCAUUAACUCAACUAUUAAUUUAUCAAAGAGAUAAUAAAUUAGCAAGCCCCUUACAGGCACUACAAUCAUUUGUUAAUGAACAUAAGAAUAACGCAGGUCCUUGGCCAACUUCAUCUUCAUCAUCAACUAAUUCAAAUACAAAUGCAUCAACUAAUUCAAAUACAAAUGCCUCACCUUUAAAUGUUAAUACCCCAUCUUCAAAUACAAAUCCUAACAUUAAUUCUAAUAUUCCUUCAAAUCCAAAUUCAAUACCUACCUCCAACGUAAAUACAACAACUUCUAAUUCUCCAGAACACAACCAACCACCAAUUCACAUUCAAUUGCAAUCUUCUCAAUCGCAAAGAUCACAACCUGCAACACCUUAUAUGACGGAAUUUAAUCAAUCAUAUUUAAAUAAUUCUCAAAAACAUCAUAAUGGGAACCCAAUUCUUCAAAAUAGUUCAAAUGAAUUUCCAAAUCAGAAUGGUAAUAUGCCUAAUCUUAAUAUGAAUCCCAAUUUUAAUGCAAGCCCAAAUUCUACCGUUAAUCCAAUCAUGGAUCCAAAUUUGAAUACGAAUAGAAGUAUAAACAGAAAUAUAAACAUGAAAAGUAGUAAUCCAUCUUCAAUCAGUAGAAUAAAUUCAAUGGACCAAAUUAAUAAUUAUAAUAACUUAAAUAAGAAAGAUUCUGCCAACAUUACCAGACAAAACGGAAUGAUUUCUGAAAAUCAAUUAUAUAAUAACAAAAAAGAAAAAUCAGUACUGCCAUCUCUCCAUAUACAAAGAGGGAUUCAUUUAGCGAUGAUAAUUCUAGAAACUAUUUAA